CGAUGGCAGCAGUGCCGCGGCAGGCGCGCCAGGCCGGGCGGGCUUCCCUCCAAUGAGACGCGCGCCUCCGGCAGCACUACUCUUGGCAGCCCGUCAUGGGUGGCGGCGGCGACAACAACGCCACGGCCAUUUCCGAGGAGUGGGUGGCCGGCAUCAGCGUGGUGAUGGCGCUCAUCGUGCUGGCCAUCGUGCUCGGUAACGCGCUGGUGAUCGUGGCCAUCGCCAGGACGCAGAGGCUCCAGACGCGCACCAACGUCUUCGUGGUGUCGCUGGCGUGCGCGGACCUCAUCAUGGGCGUGCUGGUGGUGCCCUUCGGCGCCGAGCUGGAGGUGCGCGGCUCCUGGGCGUACGGCUCCUUCUUCUGCGAGUUCUGGAUCUCCGUGGACGUGCUGUGCGUCACGGCGAGCAUCGAGACGCUGUGCGUGAUCGCGGUGGACCGAUACGUCGCCAUCACGGCGCCCUUCCGGUACCAGAGCCUGCUCACCAGGGCGCGCGCUCAGGCGGCGGUGUGCGCGGUGUGGGGCGUCUCGGCUCUGGUGUCCUUCCUGCCGAUACUCAUGCACUGGUCCCGGGACAGCGCGCACACCUCCUGCUACGAGGACCCGGCGUGCUGCGACUUUGUCACCAACCGCGCGUACGCCGUGUCCUCCUCCGUCAUCUCCUUCUACCUCCCACUGCUGGUGAUGAUCUUCGUGUACGCGCGCGUUUACCGGGAGGCGAAGCAGCAGCUGCGGAAGAUCGACAAAUGCGAGGGUCGCUUCCACAUCCACAGCUCGGCGGGGCAGUGCAAGAGGAAGCCGCCUCGGGUGGCCGCCCUGCGGGAGCACAAGGCGCUGAAGACGCUGGGCAUCAUCAUGGGCACCUUCACCCUCUGCUGGCUGCCCUUCUUCAUCGUCAACGUGGUGCGGGUGUUCGGCGCCGAGCUGGUGGACAAAGAUUUGUUCGUCUUCCUCAACUGGCUCGGUUACGCCAACUCGGCCUUCAAUCCCGUCAUCUACUGCCGCAGCCCGGACUUCAGGAGGGCGUUCAAGAGGCUGCUGUGCCGGACCAGGAGGAGGCGGCGGCCGACGGGAGAAGGGAUGCUGCACGUCAGCUCCUGCGACCUGAGCCGCUACUCCGGCGGCUUGAUGACCUCCGCGGAGCCCGGGACACUCGGACUGUGGACGGACUGCACCGGGCUGGACAACAGUGACAGCAGCCUGGCAGGAACCGGAAAACUGUCCCGCUCCGAAUCUCAUCUGUGACCCAAACUAAACUCUUUUUACUUACUUUUUUAUAUAAGGACAACUAGGACAUUUGGAUAAAUAUUCCAAUUUAAUUGAUUUCGGGAUUUUUUUUCUGUCAAAAAAAUCGGGAUUAUUUCUGUCAAAAUGUCGGGAUUUUUUCUGUUAAAAAGUCGGCAUUUUUUUUCCUGUCAAAAAGUCUGCAUUUUUUCUGUUAAUAAAAAAAUCUGGAUUGUUGCUGUCCAAAAAUCUGGAUUUUCUUUCUGUCCAAAAAUCUGGAUUUUUUUUAAAUCUAAAAAGAAUCUGGAUUUUUUUCUGUCAAAAAAUCUGGGGUUUUUUUUUCAAUCUAAAAAAUCGGGAUUUUUUUCUGUCAAAAAAUCGGGAUUUUUUCUGUCAAAAUGUCGGGGGGUUUUCUGUUAAAAAGUCGGUAUUUUUAGGUCAUAAAAAUCGGGAUUUUUUUGUGUCAAAAAGUCUGCAUUUUUUCUGUCAAUAAAAAAAUCUGGAUUGUUGCUGUCAAAAAAUCUGGAUUUUUUUCUGUCCAAAAAUCUGGAUUUUUUUUUUUAAUCUAAAAAGAAUCUGGAUUUUUUUUUAAUCUAAAAAGAAUCUGGAUUUUUUUAAAUCUAAAAAGCAUCUGGAUUUUUUUCCGUCAAAAAAAUCAGGAUUUUUACUGUCAAAAAGUUGGGAUUUUUUCUGUCAAAAAGUUGGGGUAUUUUCUGUCAAAAUGUCGGGAUUUUUUUUGUUGAAGAGUCUGUAUUUUUUCCGUCAUAAAAAUCGGGAUUUUUUUCUGUCAAAAAGUCGGCAUUUUUUCUGUCAAUAAAAUCCGGAUUUUUCUAUGUUAAAAAAUCUGGAUUUUUUCUAUCGAAAAAAUCGGGAUUUAUUUCUGUCAAAAUGUCUGGAUUUUUCUGUUAAAAAGUCUGGAUUUUUUCUGUUUAAAAAUGUCGGCAUGUUUUCUAUAAAAAAAUCGGGAUUUUUUUCUGUCAAAAAGUCUGCAUUUUUCUGUUAAAAAAUCUGCAUUUUUUUCUGUCAUAAAAAUCGGGAUUUUUUCCUGUCAAAAAGUUGGCAUUUUUUCUGUCAAUAAAAUCCAGAUUUUUCUCUGUUAAAAAAUCAGGAUUUUUUUUUCUGUCAAAAAAAUCUGGAUUUAUUUCUGUCAAAAAGUCUCGAUUUUGAUUGUCAAAAUGUCAGGAUGUUUCUGUCAAAAAGUCGGCAUUUUUCUCUGUUAGAAAGUCGGGAUUUUUUUCACUUCCAAUCACAAACUAAGGUCCAAAAAAAGUGGAAACAUCCUUUUUUGCUUUUACCUCACAACCGUCGGAAAGUGCAAUUGUUGCAGCUAUUAGUUUCUAUGAAAUGUUCCGGUUAUUGUUAUUGAUGUUUAUUUAUUUCCGCUGCACUAUUGAGUAUAAAUUAAGCGUCUUGUCUCUGUGAAGCUUUACAUGCUGUUGAAAUGUCCUGUGAAAUACUACUAAUAAAAAGAAAAUGGCACUGUUGUUUGCGUUUAAUUGUUGUCAUUGCUCUUUAUUAAAAAUGUAACAAUAUUAACUUGAAAUGUGCUCCGAUUUUGUGAGAAUUGAUUCGGAAAGUGACUUCAAAUGGCAGCAGUGUUAAAAUGCAUCAUCGUGUAUCAUAGCAAACCUCAGUUACAAUGUCUCCCCCUUGUGGCUGUUAGCGCUACAUUCCAUGAAUGACACAAUGACUUUGACUCUUUUUUUUUUUCUGUCAAAUAUAUUUUUAACUCGCAUUUUUUCAGUUGUUAAAAACAGAGUUUGUGUCAA